UCUAGCUAUGUGAUUUACUUUAUUCAUUCAGUGCAUUUUACAUUUCAGAUAGAACCAAAAUGAUCAUCCAUGUCUAUACAUCCAUCUCUGAUCAAGAUUAAGGUUAGGCUGACAACAGGCCAUACUUUAGAGGUGGAGAGGGAAGCAUGGCUGGAGCAUGAGGUUAUAAUAUAUCUGCCUUCAUCUAGAAUGCAUGUAGUUUGUUUGAUUAUAUGUACAGACUUACUUAAUUUUGCCAUAGGAAAAAAAUUCUGCAGAAAAUUCUGCAGUUGUAGACAUGUAGCAUAAGCUAUUUGGAUCUUACGGCAAUAUAAUCUCCUCUCAAUAAACACAUGGAACUCCCAUUAAUGUGAAUGCAAGUUACAUGUGCAUGUCAAAGGGAGAACAAUAUCCCUAAGGGCCUAGCAUAAAUUAACAAAAGCAAAGAAAUUCAAAAACCUCCAAUCUUAGUGCAUGCUAUUCUGUCUAUCUUGGAUCAUACAGGUUUUCAAGGAGGUCUGCAACAUCCAGACAAAAUAGGGCAUGUUAUGGACAGUAUUUCAGCAUCAGUUUUAAAACUCCUCACUUCUAUGGAUUUAAAAUUAAGCCCUUAGGUAAGAGUCUCAUCUCCCCCUAAUGAAUGUGCAUUUUUCACAGAAAAAGAUAAUGGAGUUACACACCCAUGCAUCCACAAAAGAAAGGAGAUUAUUACCAUAAUGUAGAUUAUUGCCUUUGGAUUUCCUUUUUUGGAGUAGUAUUUCUUCACAGUACGUUCCCAAAUCUUCUGCCAGGUCUUUUGGAGCUGUACUAAUUUGAAUGGAAGUCUAUGUCCAACACUAAACAUCUUUUAUGGGGAUGACAUCAGAAGCACUGAAUUAAGAUGAAGAAUGGUAAAGCAGCUGGUUAAGAUGUGAUAACUGUUGAUAUUCUCAAGGCAGUUGGAGAUCCUGCAGUAAGUGGCUUUCAUGGAUUACUAUAUGUUUACUGGAACCAAGCAAGGAUACCAGAUGACUGGAGAAUCGGGUGAUUGUGCCUCUUUGGAAGGCUAAGGCUGAUGCAAAUGAUCCAAACACUUAUCGCGGCAUCAUUCUCUUGAGGCAGCAUUUCAAUGUCCUUGAGAGUCCUUUGAAGGCAAGACUGACGUGCAAGGUCGUGGAAAAUAUAGUAGCAGAGCAACAUGGCCUUAGGAAGGGAAGGACUACUAUAGAUGCAAUAUGUACAAUGAGAUAGAAGUUUGAAGGAAUGAUAAAUGGAGGAUGUAACUCCUGUGUUGCAUUUAUUGGUCUUGAGAUAGCAUAUGACUUGGUUCCACAGAAGCUGGAGUUUGGAAUAUUGAAAUAGAUCGUAAGGGAAAUGGAGACGAUAGAGCUGUUAUAGAGAGUCAAAAGCUAAGACAAUAAUAUAAAAUUUCGGAGAGUUUUGAUGUGAUGGUGGGAUUGAGAUAAGGCAGUGUUCCGAGUCUCCUUCACUUCAACCUAGUAUGGAAUUAAUUAGUAGGACAACGAAGCCUGUAGAGAGAAAACUAAUGUAUGCUGACGACCUGACCCUUUUGGCUGACAGCAAAGAGGAAUUGGUAAAUAUGGUAUUAGAGCGGGCAUCUGUGUUUGAAGACCAUGGUUUGAAGGUAAACACAAAGAAAACUGAAGUUAUGCAAGUAGGGAAGGUGGAAGAAGAGCUAUUGAUUGAAGUUUCAGGAGAGAAGCUGAAGCAUAAGAAAGAAUGUGUGUACUUGGGGCAAACAAUUAGUGUCAUCAGAGAGGGGUCUGGAAAAUUGCAAAGAAUGCAACAUGCAUGGGCGGCAGUGAAAAAGUGGCAGUGGUACUGUGGGACCGGCAAUUAAGCAACAAACUGAAAGAAAAAGUGUAUUGUGUUUGUGGAUCUUACAGAGAUGGAAGAAAAGAAGAAACAGGUAGCAUGAGAAUAGCUGGCAAGUGGAGGUGAGGUGGUAUGCAUGGAAGAAAUUAGGGGGAAGAUGAAUUUGGGGCUCAGUGUUAGGCUGAGUAGGGCACAUUUGAGAUGUGCUGGACAUGUGAUAAGUAUGUGUAGCCCAAGGUCCUGUCUGCUUCAACAGCUGCCUUGGGAACUACAAGUUGUGGACUACAAACUGUGGCAUGUUGGGAGAGCUUCCUGGUUCCUGCCAGGAAGUCACCUCUGCCCCUCCGAGCAGGAAGUCUCUGCACUGACUGAAGCUGGGAGCAGGAGACAAGCAGUAGAAAAGAGGCUGAAGUGUAAUCCUCUUCUGUGGUUUUUUUUUUUUUUUACAGAAUAAAACCUUGUUCCUGGUGGUUUGUCUGAGUGGAUCUGGUCUGAAGUGAACACACACAACGCAGACCACACAGAGACUCUUCAGGUCCAGCUUCCCAAAGUUGUGUAAAAAGUCACAAGGCAGACUUUCCCUAUGUUAAACAUCUUUAUAUUGGGCCAAUGAACAGGAGAGGGGCUACAAAUGGAAGAACCACCAGUAAAGAAAGCAUGGGAGGAAGAGGGUGACAAGAAAGGAUGUGCAAGACUGAGCAUACAAUGGAAAGACUCUGUCAAAAGAAGUUUGACGAGAAAAGGACUGGAACUCCGAGACCCACAAAUGCAUGCCAUGGACUGGAAGGAGUAGCAAAGAAUUGUGGGCAUGUAGAUGGGAAAAGAAGUCAAGAAGUGAAGUUUCGUGGGGGUGACAUCAGUGUAUCUAUAAAGGCUUGUCUACACUCAGAUUUUGUACCACUUUAACUAUAUCUGUUUGAAACCACUAUGAAGUCACAUGGUAGACCCCUUAGUAUGGAUGUGGUCAUACCUGUAUAAAGGUGCUUAUGUAGCUUAUUCCUGUAAAUAUAGGGGAGCAACCUAUAGUGAAAUAAGGCACCUUUGUACCACAGUGAGUGCAUUCAUAUUAGGGAGUUGUGCUGAUUUAACUAUUUUGGUUUAAAAAAAAAAAUCACAACCCUAACUGAAAAAGUUAAAUUGGUGUAAAAACUGUGUGUGGACUAGGCCUAAGGGUUAGAACAAAACAAAAAUGAUAGUAUAAAAAUAGUGUCUUGUUUUAUCUUUGAUCAUAUUGCUCAUCUACUUGAUAUCAAAACUCCACCUUUGGAAGGAGGGUGUAGUUUGGUGCAAUAUGCUUGCAUUUUCAUGGGUUUGGGUUUGUACAAUGCAUAUGUCUGUCUGCAUUUGGUUAGUGUAUAUCAAUAUUGCCUGAUCAAGCAUACAUUUAUAUUUGGGAAGUGUAUAUCAUUAAACAUCCAACUUUAUAGGCUGCAGGCGUGUGCACGCAUUUGAAAACUGUAUUAUCUGCAUGCGUGUGAUGCAUCUGUACAUUUGUGUGUUCACUGGGAAGUAUGAAGUGUGGGAGUCGAGGAGGCAUCUAUCUGUGUGUACUUCGGAAAGCGUCCAUCGUUGGGCACACAGGCUUGCAUGAUGCACCGGUGUAUGUAUGCCUUGGGUCCACAAGCCUGCACUGUUCUCUGCUGUGACGCGGGUAGACGGCAUAUAUGUGUCUGGAUUCCCGAGCGAGUGGACGGUGCAGCGUGUAGCAGCUCUCCGCGAGCAGCUGCGAUCUCUGGGGCGCGAUGCAGCCUGCAGCCCCUGCAGACGCUGUGCUCCGGUCACUCUGCAAAGCGAGUCUAUGAUCGCCACCCUGCCAAGUGGGCGAAGGGCUAGAAAGUGCGAGAUCGGACAGCCGGCUCUGCUCGUCCCCCGGGCUAGCUCGGAAUGAGCUGCUGCGGUGAUGUGCAAGAUGUCUUUCAAGGUACGCUUUGCUCACUGCACUGCCGCGCUGGGGAGAUCCCAUCCCGCCCUCCUCCUGCUGCCGCUGCCAUGUCCCGUUAGCUCUGCAGAUGCUGUGGCUUUAGCAGGCCUGGCUGAUCGGCUGUAGUCUGAAUCUGCCUCUGCUUCUCUGUAUACGGCCUCGGCUCUUGUUUCCCUCUGCCAUGGAUAUAUUUCCUCCCCAAGACCUUCCCUCUGCAGCCGAUGGUCCUGGUGGGUAAUAGGCACAGCUGCAAUUGUUGUAUUUCAUAAUAUGUUGAUCUUCCUGUAUACGAAGCAGGGAGGAGCGGGGUGGUUAAAGUCUAAAUCUGUGUGGACUUUGAGGGAAACACCGCUCGCAAAUGCUGCAUUCUGGGCUGCAAGGAAAGGAAACCUGGCUCUUCUUCAGCUGUUGUUGAACAGUGGGCGAGUAGAUGUGGAUUGCAGAGACAGCCUUGGCACAACAGCUCUGAUGGUAGCUUCUCACUAUGGCCACAUAGAAUGUGUGCGGGAAUUGGUGUUACAAGGAGCAGAUAUCAAUCUGCAGAGAGAGUCAGGCACAACUGCUCUGUUCUUUGCUGCACAGCAAGGCCACAAUGAUGUUGUGAGGUUUCUCUUUGAAUUUGGUGCUUCUACUGAAUUUAGAACUAAAGAUGGCGGUACCGCUCUGUUAGCAGCUUGUCAGUAUGGCCACACGCGAGUGGUGGAAACUCUAUUGAAGCAUGGUGCCAACAUACAUGAUCAACUAUGUGAUGGAGCUACUGCACUUUUUCUGGCUGCCCAAGGAGGUUAUCUGGAUGUCAUCAGAUUAUUGUUAUCUUCAGGAGCAAAGGUCAACCAGCCAAGGCAGGACGGGACGGCUCCUUUGUGGAUAGCAUCUCAGAUGGGUCACAGCGAGGUAGUGAGGGUAAUGCUGCUCCGGGGAGCUGAUCGAGAUGCCACACGGAACGAUGGUACCACUGCUUUACUUAAAGCUGCUAACAAAGGGUAUCAUGACGUUAUAGAGGAAUUACUCAAAUUCUCUCCUGCACUUGGCCUGUUGAAGAAUGGGACUUCUGCUCUCCAUGCGGCCGUGCUGGGUGGCAACAUUAAAGCAGUAGCACUACUUUUGGAAGCGGGAGCAGAUCCUUCUCUUAGGAACAAGGCAAAUGAACUGCCAGCAGAACUAACACAAAAUGAACGCAUCCUCCGGCUCCUCCGGACAAAAGAAAAGCACAGGAAAAGCUAACCCAACUUUGUGUCGGAUGUGGUUUGACAGGGAGGAGCCAGGUCCACACUGGCACGAAAGCAAAUCUGGUUUUGAAAAUGGCUUAUUGAACCUGAUUGCAGAAUUGAUUUAGCAUGAUUUAGCAAGGUCAGCCUUCAGCACAGAGCGGGGGUGCACUAAAGCUUCAGUUUUGCACCAUUAAACUCAAUAGGAGUUUUGCCGUUGGCUUCAGUGAGAGCAAGAUAGGGCCCUAAAGGCCUUUUUGCACCACAGCCCUGUCUAUACUUGAAAAUCCCAGCAUUCCCAGCAGUGCUAUAAAUCCUAAAAUGUGUGUAGUACACCUUAUAGCCACACACAAGUGCUCCAACCAUUUCACAGGCAUUCCCACUACUGUUAUGACUGCACUAGCUGAGAUCAAGUCCUAACGCCUCUGUGUACCUGUUCAGUUUGAAUCACGCAGCUUGUGUAGAUGGGAAGCACAGAUGUUCCAGCUGCACUGGUUCAAUUAAUCUCCUCAGCACAGUCCCCCAAGGCUUCAACCCACCCUUCAGUGAUGGCUUUGGCAGUUUGGAGACCAGACUGUGUCCCCCUUCCUCCCCCCGGCCAUUCCAUGCAGGCCUGAAAGCUGAGGGGUGCUCAUCUGGUCUCAGCUGUGCCCAGUAACUCCUUCCCUGUUUGCAGCCACAUGUAGGGCAGGAAUAUAGGACACAAACCAGCCUACUGAAAUCACAACUUUAUUUAGAACAAGGAAUUUUUUAUUGGCCAGUAGGAAAACAACCCACAACACAAUGGGGAAAAGUUAGGGAGCGGAAACACCACAGCAUCUACACACCCACACUAGAAACUUCAGUUCCAUAUGUAAUGGACUACCUUACUCUGGAGUUGGCAUGGCAUGGAGGUAACUGUUUCAUCUGUAUCUCAUAUUUGCUUGAGACCUGAAAAGGAGACUUAAGUGAAAACAUAUCCCAGGCUACCCCCUCCCCCAUCCCAAGUAAAUCCUAGUUCUCUUGCUUACCAGGAGGGGGGGGUUAAGUAACUUCUGGUUCUCCCCACUAUCCUUGAGGAUCAGAACAUCUGCUAGGGGGCAGCUCCCUGAGGUAGGGGAGGAGGAUUGGAGAAACUGGCUGUGUGCCAAUGGGUACCUCAAAGGGGUGUCCUCCCUCCAGCCCCUGGCCUUGACUGCUCUGUUUGGAUCGUAGAGGGAGACACAAGAGAAAAGGUAGGUGUUACUUAAGCAACAACUCAUUAAAAUGAUCCAAAAUUUACAAUUUACCCCAAAAGUUAUCAAGCAAAUGAGAGCAAACUCGUUUCCUCCUCAGAUUAAACUCUGACCUGUGUAGUACCACAAUCUGUCCAACAGUGGGUAUGGGGGAAGCUGGUGGCCUUCUGCAAUGUAGUUCCCUUUCCCUCCUAACAUAUGCUCAAAUCCAUGGACAGAACAGAGCCACUGGAAACAGUCACUGUGCAAACCAAACAUAGCAUGUUGUUAACAUAUAUUUAGCUGUGAAGCAUACCUGUAUGGGUGUUAUAAAUGUACAGUAUACAUUGUACACACAAACACAUGUAUAUGACAUGGCUUAGGUGUUCACCAACUACUAUGCAAUGCAGCUGCUCCAGGGACCUGUGCCUGGAAUUAUGGGAGAGGGCCCAUUAUGAGCAGGUACAUCAGCAGUUGGUAGCCCAUGUGUAAUGUGGGCACAUUAUACUCCUGAGGGCAUUCUGUGCCAAAACAUUUUAAAAAAUCUGUGCACAAUAUUUUAAAAUUCUGCAAAUUUUAUUUGUUAAAUAAAUGUGAAGGCUUCAGCAUGGCAUGGGGGAGCACAGGCCACUGGCUGCACAGAGGUGGGAGAUCACUCUGCAGCUUCUCCCGGGACACGGAUUCACUGGUGAGGCUGCACCCAACCCUGACACAGUGCAAGGACCGGGCCUUCCCCAGAAGCACCCCAGGGCCUGCUGCUCCAUGCGAGGUGCACCAGGUGUGGGCAGGCAGGUUCAGCACGGCAGGAUCCAAGGGUGGAGGGGCUUAGCGUGGGGGGAUCCAGGUGUGGGUUGAGAGGGUUCUGUGUGGGGCCAUGUGGGUGUGGGCAGCUCAGUGGGGGAUUCAGGUGGGUGGGAGAUCUGUAUGCACAGGGACUUGUUAGGGGGUUCUGGAUGCAACCAUAAUGGGAUGCUGCAGGAGGGUCCAGGUGAAGGUGGUUGGGGUUCGGCGGGGAGGGAGCCUGGGCA